UAAAGACUUUCUUGAUACACUGACUGGUGUUAAUAAGUACAUAUUUGGAUUAUUAGUUUAAUUGAUCUUUUCCAACUCGAAGGCGUUAACAUUGCAAGUAAGGUUUACGAGUAGCAUACACUUCUCCUAGAACCGCCCACUCGCCAAACUGUGCCAACCACCAUGCCUGUAAGGCUACGUGUCUUCUCUCUCAACUGCUGGGGGAUCCGCUACCUUAGUAAACACUGUGCACAGCGAUAUGCCAUGAUUGGAGAUCACCUGAGCAAGGAACAGCAUGAUGUAGUACUACUGCAAGAGGUUUGGAGUGAAGGAGAUUUCCUCUUCUUGAAAAAGAAACUUGGAGGCACACACCCUUUUUCCUAUUAUUUUAAAAGUGGAUUUUUUGGGAGUGGACUUGCAGUGUUUUCCCGGCACACAAUCCACGAUGCAUUUCUGUACAAAUACUCUUUGAAUGGCUAUCCCUACAUGGUGAGAAUUCUAAAAAACAAAAUCCUAUUAAAAUCUGCCAAAUGUAGAAAUGUGGAUGUAUAUUACAAUAAUUUUGAUAUAAAGGCUGAGCUUGUGUGUCAGGCACAUCAUGGAGACUGGUUCGGGGGCAAAGCCGUUGGGAAAGUAUUGCUUAAAAUCAGCGGCCUGAUGGUGCAUGUCUUUGUCACCCAUCUGCAUGCAGAGUAUUGCAGAGAGCAAGACUCCUAUCUUCCUCACAGAGUGGUGCAGGCCUGGGAGCUCCAGAACUUUAUACAGCACACUUGUGCUGGGGCGGAUGUGGUGAUCUUGGGGGGGGAUCUUAACAUGCACCCAGGAGACCUGGGCAUGAGACUGCUGCGGAGCGCCACUGGACUGCAAGACUGCUUCACUGAGACUGGCACCUUUGAUGGUUGUGAGCAAGGAUUCACACAUGUUAUGGACAAUCCCUUUACCAAUAAGCAAGGGCUUAUUCCACUUGGAGGAGGGAUCCGUAUAGACUAUGUCUUCUUUAAGGGAUCAAGGAAGGUGGAUGUGAGGUGCGAAUCUCUGAGCACUACUAAGGGUGUUGUCCCUCCUGGUCAACCCUUCCCUUACUCUGACCAUGAAGCUCUGAGUGCUGACCUCUUCCUUUGUCCCUCAGAAGAGGGGAAGGGAGACUCUACUCAGGAGAAAGACAACACUGCAGGUAAGCUUUCAGAGCUGGUCAACAUUGUGACAGAGGCUCGUACCGAGGUGAAGGUAGGCGUUCAUUGUGCCAAGCGCAUGCGUUACACGGCCGCGCGCACGGUAAUUAUGGGCCUAGUCCUGCUUAUCCUGGAGAUUGCCAUUGCUGCUGUGCCGUGCUUGGCCUUGGGGGCUGACCAGCCAUUUCCCAAAACUACCUUCUACCUCCUGGGGGCACUCUGCUUUGCAGUCCUCCUCUCCACCACCCUGCUGUACAUCCUUUACAGCAUGGAGGUGAAGGCUCUUCAGGAAACAGAGGACCAGAUGAGACUUGUGGUAGGUAGCCUGCAUGAACGUCUGAGGGAGUUCCCCAAGGCUGUGUGCAAGGGCCACUCUCAAAAGAAAUAUGAUAGACAGGAUCCAGCUACACUGGAGCCGGAUCAGUGAAUAACAGAACACUGUGAUUCUGGAAGCUGCUGAAUGACUUUGCUGAAAAUGCGCUAUGGGACACAAUAUGCUUUACUUUGCCUUAUACUGGACCUUGUUUUUUGUUUGUUUCACAAAGUGUGUAAAAUACUUUUCUCUGUGGGUUUAACUAAAUCUGCAUCCUUUUCUAUCUAAGCACUUAUCUUUAGGACAAGACUGUGUUAAAAUGACAGAACAACAUGCUCCUUAUAGAGGGACUAAAUUGUGUCUCAGGGAUUUGGUUGGACCAAUCACCUUGCUCAGUUAUGACAGGAGCGCAAUCAUUUUAAUGAAGACAAAGAAACCUUGAACUAAAAAUGUAAGCAGUAUGUCUGAAGAUGACAUACUGUAUGUUUUAAUGCUGCAUUAAUAGAAUGGACCAGUAUAGAAAACCUGUGUGUAUGUGUGUAUAUAUAUAUAUAUAUAUAUAUCUCAAUUACUGUAGAAAUCAGGCCUAUGAAAAUACAGCACUAUUUUAAAAUACGUGGAUUUUAAUAGGGAAUUGCACCUUGGAACAAUUGUUUAUUAGCAGGGAGCACUAUAUGUGCAUUGAAUUGUGCUAUAGUGUUAGAAGAAUCUUUUGCCAGGCUUAUAUUAGGCCUUCUGGACAUUUUUAAGCUCCGAUAUGAAACCUGCAGGCAGGUGACUCUUAACAGGGUUAGCCACCUGUUUUCUUUACCUUAGUUUGUCUUAGUUGUCAUUAUUUUACAUGUUUUCUUUUGUGACUGAUCCUUUGUGUUUUCAUGCAAACCACAGUAACUUAUGUAUUUUGCACUCUUGUUAGUCAUGUACUAUCAUUUAGCAAUGUCCUCUGUUUAACGUGUGCUGUGUACCUACAUAAACUGCAGACCCCUUCAGAUACCACACUUGAGAGCAUACAGUGUUGUGCUGUAUCCUAGUACUGUGAAUAUCUACCUUUUGUAUCACAUACUGCUCAAUAGAUAUAUACUGUUAUCCUGUAUGUGCCCAAUUUCUCAUACUUGUUUACCACUCCAAUUAAUUACUACACAGAUGCACUUUCCUAGAAUAAAAUUCUUCAUUUUAUAAAUGGAAAAUUA